AUGGUCAUGGCUAGUCUCUUCGGCCUCUCGGCCCCAAUAGACAUCGACAUUCACUUCAACGGUCAAGAACAGCGCAAGCAAAUCGAGGCCAAGGUCGACAAGGACAAGCGCGAAAAAUACCCCCUCUACUUUGAUGGCGAGACCGUUGCUGGAAAGAUCAAUAUCAGGGUUAGGGACAACAAGAAGGUCGAGCACAACGGCAUCAAGGUCGAAUUCGUUGGAAGCAUAGAAAUGUUCUACGACCGUGGAAACCAUUACGAGUUCAGGACGAUUCAACAGGAAUUGGCUGUGCCUGGAGAGCUCCGCAACAACGCCGACUUUGACUUUGAGUUCAAGAACAUCGAGAAGCAGUAUGAGAGCUAUCACGGCAUCAAUGUCAAGCUGAGAUACUUUGUGAGAGUUACGAUUCUGCGCCGAAUGGCUGAUGUGGUCAAGGAGCAGGACAUCUGGGUGCACUCGUAUGUCAUGCCCCCAGACGGCAACAACUCGAUUAAGAUGGAGGUCGGAAUCGAGGACUGCCUCCACAUCGAGUUCGAAUACAACAAAUCUAGAUACCACUUGAAGGACGUUAUUGUCGGCAAGAUCUAUUUCCUUUUGGUCCGCAUCAAGGUCAAGCACAUGGAACUCUCAAUUAUCCGUCGGGAAACCACCGGAGCACCACCCAACCAGUACAACGAAAGCGAAACGAUUACAAAGUUCGAAAUCAUGGAUGGCGCACCCGUUCGUGGAGAGACUAUUCCCAUUCGCCUCUUCUUGGGUGGUUUCGAGCUCACCCCUACCUUCCGCGAUGUCAACAUGAAGUUCUCUGCACGCUACUACUUGAACUUGGUUCUUGUCGACGAGGAGAACAGACGCUACUUCAAGCAGCAGGAGAUCACCAUCUUCCGUCGUCAAGUUGACGACGAAAUCGUGGAACCUGCAAAGAUCCAUGCAGUUUAA